CGCAACAACGAUGGAAAGUGCAGUAGGAAUCCGUUAACUCGCUCUCUGCCCCACUUCUGUCCUUACGAGCUUCAUUAGCGGAAUAUACGAGCAGUCGCGAGAGCCGAUCCGCUUUAAGAGGAAGCGACUUGGCCGGUUAGUUUCAGUGUUACGUCGACCUUGACUGUUGUGCCUUCUGUUCAGCUCCGACUCACCUCUACAUACGCCUUACACACGUAUACACAUUACACGAUGGCGAAGUUGGCGAUCCUCUGCUCUGCUGCUAUUUUCUCGCUGGUGUUUGCUGGAGGUGUAGAGGCCGGAACGAUACAAACGCGGUCUUACAAUACCGGGAGAGACGUUUAUUACUAUACAGCAGCUGGUAUGCCAACUCCCCGGUACAACCGUCGAGUAGCUACGGCCAGCGUCGACGCUACUGAAAAAUUCGAACCGUAUCACAGGUACAUCUCCUGCGUGCCGAGGACCUUUCUGUUCAGGAUUUGCACCCUGUGCUUCUGCACGGACGUACCGAGCGUCGCCGUCUGCUGGGAUUACAAGGGCGAGAAGUGCGCGAAGACUCAGAAGCUCGUAGAUCAGCAGAAUAACGCGGUUAACAACGAUCCCAAUGGUGUUUGGUGAUUUUUUUUUCUCCUCGAGGGAUGAUGCGUAAAUGAGAAUUAUUUAUUGUUGAGAGGGGCGCGUAGUUCUGUCUGUUAGGUUUUUCAAACUUAUAGUGUGCUGUACCAUUUUUGGCAUUUUAUUUAUACACACUAUAUCACGAUUAUAAUAUAGUAUUUAAUAUAAUUAAAGAUUAUACAUGUAAUAUCCGAUGUACAUUAUACAAUAUUAUAGACUAGACUUACGCAG